CCAGAUUUAGGAAAACACUUUGCAACAGUCCCCUGCCACAGUGUGAAGUUCUGUGGUGCAGCAAUAUUUCUCUUGUAAAAAAGCCUGGUGGGACCAGAGAUGGUGCACGAAGGCAACCAGGAGUAGGAAACAGGUCCUUAUGAACAGAGCUUAGCCCAUGCCCACACAUAGAAUAGAAGUCAAAGGGACGUGGCAGAGCUGGAGAAACAAGUGCUGUAAUAGGAGGGACAAAGAGCAGGUACCUCCAUCCCUUUUUUCUGCACAGGGCACAACAGACAAUCAAAGCCCACAUGUGUCCCUUCUGGGACACAACGCCCAGGCACUGCUUUGUGACAAAAGCCAAAGUGCAAAGUGAUUGGCUACCCCUGACCUGUCUCGGGACCUCCCUGUUCCAGCCCCUACUGCUUUCACAGUUUCCUGGUUGCUUUGUCACUCUUUCUCUUUCUUACCCAGUUUCUCCUGCUUUUUGAAGUUUAUCCCUGCUCCAGCCCAGCACUGUCAGCCAACCCUUAUAUCCAAUUCCUCUCCAGACAUAAUUGUCUGUCCCAGCUACUUUUGCCCUGCAUACAGAUCUUCACCCUCACACCAGAUCCUACUGUGGUUGUUUAUCUCAUUUCUCUCUCAUUUAUCUUUCAGAGAACAGAUACUCCUUCCUCACUGUCUGACAGUGGCACCUUCACACCCACACUUGUGUGACACUGAGCAGAGCCCAGUGGCCCAGGAACAGCCUGGGACACCUGGGACACCAACCCAGGGUAGGACAUGGGCUCUGUGUGCUCUGCAUCCCUCAUUCUGUGGAAUCAGAAAUAUUCGUGCAAUGAACAGAAAGUGACUGAUAACUGAGUAACACCAGAGCACAAGGCGCUGGUGAGGGACUGGUGAGGGACUGGUGAGGCACUGGUGAGGGACUGGUGAGGCGCUGGCAAGACACUGCUGAGGCACUGUCCCUCCCAGAGGAAGCGACCGCGGCCCCGCCUGCGUCCUCACAGUGCCCGGGGGGCCCUGGAGAGUCUCUGCCCACCAUGGAGCUCCUGGUGCUGGUGCUGCUGGCCACGACUCUGGCCACAGGCGUCCCCCCACGCUGGCCAGACCUUAAGAGUGGCCUCAGGGAGAUUGAACUGAGUAUGGCCCCCAACUCCUUCGAUGACCAGUACUCGCGCUGCCGCAUCAAAAUGGCGAAGGCGCUGAGGGCGCUCAACCGCACUGAGUUUGCCACCAACAGCGACUACGCUGACGCCUGGGGCAAGGCCACCAUCAAAUGGCACAGCCGCAAAUUUGUGGGGUCCCGGCUGCGGCGGGAACAGGCCAUCGCCCUCAUGGCCUACUCGAUGGAGGAGGGCCUAUACUUGGAGUUCAACAGGGCUGUGCGCAGCGCGGGGCGCUCCCUCCAGGAAUACCUGCGGAACUUCCCCUUCAAGGUGGUGCAUUUCCUGCUGACCGAGGCCCUGGAUGACCUGCGGGAUGAGGAGACCCACCCCCGCUGCCUCGACGUGUACCGAGGUAUCGAAGGGAUCCGGUUCGUCACUGAGCCCGGCAAGACCAUCCGCUUUGGCCAGUUCGCCUCCAGCUCCCUGCUGAGAAACGUCAGCGAGCACUACGGCACCGACACCUUCUUCGAGGUGCACACCUGCCACGGCGCCAACAUCCGAAACUUCUCCAACUACCCUAACGAGGAGGAAGUCCUCAUCCCGCCCUUCGAGACCUUUAAUGUCACCAGUGUCACCCACCAAGGGGACAAAACCCACAUCCAGCUCCACUCCCACGGCGUGUACAGCAAAUACAACUGCGCGUGGCUCCGAGGCAGCAGCAUCCGCAGGGACCCCCCACAUCUCAGGGGGCUCCUGCUGGCAAUCCUGGCCCUGGCAGUGGCCAUCGGCACCCCCUGAGCCACGAGGACACCGCUGUCACCUCUGCCACCGUGCCCGGCCAAGACGAGGGCUCAGGAACGGAGCCACCAGUGUCACCAGGAUGGCAGGGGGACACUGGACAAGCCCAGGGGACGCCCUCCCUGAGCCAUGGCUGGGGUGUUGGGGUGCACCUGAGUGGGGGCACAGGGGGGAUUGGCUUCUCUUUG